AUGAGUCCGCUUGUUGACGAUAUUCGAAUCAGAAACUAUCCUCUAGUCAGCAUACGCGAGGUGGGUGGCGAGCCGCGACCCCAUGGUAACUUUCCAGAGGCGUCCAAGCUACGAUUGGAACUAAGGUCGAACCUAUCUGAUCUGGCAUAUUUCAAGACACUAGAAGAGCGAAAUUACGUUUCUAAGAUACUCCUCGAGAACGGUGUUAACAAUAUCGACACUGGAUAUGUUUAUCCUGAAUCUGAAGCCGGAAUUGGUCAGCUCGAGAAGCCGAAGGAGUUCACUAUUGAUACCAAGCUCCCUGACGGCAAUAUCCCUGGCUCAGUCACGAAAGAUGACCCUGACGACUCGGUUCCUAUUGAACAGACGCUUGAGGGCAUAAACGAAGCCUACAAGAAGGGUGCUUUCCGCCGCUUUGGACUAAGCAACUAUACUGCUAAGCAGGUCCAAGAAGUCUACGAUAUCGCCAAGGCAAAGGGAUACUCACUUCCUCAGGUAUACCCAGGCCACUAUAAUCCGAUUUACCGGUAUGGAGAGACAGAAUUUCUCCCUACGCUCCGCAAGCUCGCCAUUACCGGUGGCUUCCUGACCAAGUCGAUUGCAGACAUAGACGCAGGUGUUGGUCGGUUCAAUGAGAAUGUCAUGAGUGAACUAUUUAGCAAACUGUAUGACCACAAGCACUUGCGCGAGUCGCUAAGUACGUGGAACGAAAUAGCUAAGAAAGAGGGUGUUUCAAAUGCUGAGCUUGCGUACCGCUGGGUAGCGUAUCAUAGUGCGCUACAUGGCGACGAAGAUAGUAUUUUCUUUGGUGUAAGUAAGCUAUCACAAAUUGAGCAGACGAUUCAGGGCAUCAAGAAAGGGGAAGUUAAGCGAUGA